UGUUAUAAACGAAGAGGGAAAAAAAUCAAAAGCCGAGUGGAAAACUGGUGCUAGCAUCAAGGAUACACUUAACAAGGGUAGAGAUCUCAGGUACAAUUGGUUCAAAGCAAUCAAGAACAUAUAAAUAAUUGUCAAAAACAAUGAUAAGUGUGCGUAAUAUCGUCCCAGUGAUGUCCAGUGGACGUUUGUUGGCCCUUCCAAAACGACAAUUUUCACUUUGGAGUUUGUUGUCCAUGGAUCCACCAAAGGCUGAAAAGGAAAACAAAUUAUACAAAUGGGACGAGUCUCCUUAUGAAGACAUUCGUACUCGUGCAGCUUUGAUCAGAGCCAAAGCUCGCUGUCCAGUCACCAACAAACCAGUCGACUUUGUCUGCCCAUAUUCUGGUAUUCCAACUCAUGCUUCUGAAGAAGCUUGGAAGGCUGAUACCGAAUAUCAUGCCAAGAAAAAGUAUGAAUUGUUAAAGAAGGUCAACCUUUAUGAACAUGAUUUAAGAUCAGGACGCCAGUUUGAAGAAUUAGCAUUCCCAGGAGAACAAGAACGUGACUUUUUAGUCAAUCUUUCAAAUUGGGAUACCUUUUUCUACACUAGAGAUUUCCCACCCAUGAAUGAUGAAUUCAACUUGGCUGCUUCCACUAAAAUUCUUACAUAUCCAAUGACAAUUGCCUCACUUUUACAUAAGAACUCACCUUACCAACAAGAACCAAAGGGACCAAUUACCUUGGAAGGUCUCAAGUCCCUUUCUGCAUUGAGAUACACCUUAUACCCACCCCAUGCCAAGUCUGCUGAAACCGAUGUUGUUUACAGAGAAAGACCAAUGAGAAUCUUUAUAUUGGGAUCAAGAAUGGAAUCAAUGUUGCCAGGUUACGUAUGGAAACAAUUUGGUUACUUGUUCCCAGGAACCAGAUUUCAAAUUCAUUUAGUCGGUCCUGAAGCAUAUUUCGACAGAGAAACCAAAGCUUUUGCUCCAACCAAUGUCCCUCAAGGUCGGCCAUUAGUUGAAAGAGUUGAUGAUCAAAUUUCAAUCUUCCACCACUCACAAUACUUUCAUGAAUUAUACGACAUGGGUGAUUUAUUCCCAUUUGAUCCAUACUUGGAUGUGUUUUUCUUAUUCCAUCCUGGAUUCCAAACCGCUGACCACAUUCACUGGGAUAAAUCCUUGAAGGGUUUAUUAGAAUCAAAAUGUCCGGUGUUUGUAAGUGGAUACCAUAACGCUGAUAUGGAUAAGGAAAUUGAAUGGUUAAACAAACAUCCUCUUCAUGAAGAAAUGGAUAUUAUGAUGAACAAGACUGAUAACUUAUUUGCUUGUACCAAGUUGGAAUUGGAUGAUGCCCACCCUACCGAAACAUUCAACUUGAACAACAAACUCUUUGGUUUCAGAGGAAAGAGAUACCAUGCUAUUAAGGUUUGAGCAAACAAUAUAUAUAGUCUAUAUUUCUUGUACAUACAAUAGAAACCCCCUCGCCCCC